AUGGCGCGUAAAGGCCCUGGUACAGAUGGCCCUCUACAGACAGCCCUACUGGAAUCCACGUCCGCAGCCACGACAAGAGCUUCUGAAGGACAGAAGAUCUUCAGCCCUAUAGCUGCAUUCCUCGAUAAACACCGCAGCCAAACCACCGGCCUGGCCCCUCAUCUACUGAGAGCUCUCACCGCUCUAAGCGAUGACCUCGCCUCAUCGACUUAUGUGACUAUUACCCAAUAUGCCCCAGUCAAAUCAACUCCUACUACUCACUCCAAAGCCCAUGUUAAAAAGCCUAUGCCUCUGAUGAAACAACCCCCUCCUGACAACUGGCUCUUCGUACGCCUCCUAGCUGACCAUGCAGCUAGAAAAAUGGAAGCCUACACUAUCUACUCUAGCCUAUGGUCUUCACUAAACUUAAACAGUUUAGCACUAAAAGAAGUUCAAGCCACAAAGACUGGUUUUGCACUAUGUCCCUCAUCUCCAGAAGCCCUUCUAACCCUUGAGGCCCAAAAAGAGAUUAUCUCUGCAUUCUUUGUUAACUGCCAGAUAGAACGCAGCUCCCGAUGGGUCUCGUACCAAGUCACCAAUGUGCCAAGGAAAAUUAGCCAAAUCUUGGACGGUUAA